CAUGGAAAAGUUGCCACUGCAUGUGGCAGCCGAAAUGUAUCUGUCCGAAUGUGCUGCAGAAUAUUAUGUUUUGAAAAUAUGUUUCUAACCAAAGCUUUUUAAUGUCAUCUGACAAUACAUAACGAGCCACGAUAAACGCCACAAUCGGAAUGGAAACACGUGUGAGCAGGUGCAACACAUCAAUUCUGUGAGGGAAUCUCUUUCGGCUGGAGCAGGCAAUUGGGGACAGACCGCGGAGCUGUGGGCUGUUUGUGUGCAAUAUACAAAACACGGGAAGGGCCGGUCAGUGUUUGCAUCCUUCGGAACAGCUCCACCUGAAAAUGCAGUGAUUGCAAUCUAAGACGUUUGAAAAGAAGAGGUCGACGUUUGCUUGAUGCGGGACUUCGAUUAUUUUCACCAACGUCUUUAAUAACCCAACAUCUUAGACGACAUUUCGGCAGCACCUGAGACGGGAAGCUCACACAUACAAGCUGCAAGCCUCACUGACCCACUCGAAAUUUGACUGCGUUCAGACCCUUGUGAUGAGGACCGCACUCGGAGGCAGGGCUGACUGAACACCGAAUUCGGACGAUCCCCAUAGUCCCAAUCAUCUGCAGAUCAGGCGGGACGCGAACCACAUUGAAAACGUUGACCUCCGCCUUAGCAUCCGAUCAUGGAUCCAGAGGCGGACAUGCGUGGCACCAUGUCGAAAAAGACAAUGAUUGCCAAAAUCUUUAAAGUUCGAAAGAGAAGAGAAAUGCUCUUCGUACAAGUCUGUUUCAUCUGCAGUGUUCUCCUCUUGGCGUGGUGUAUGUCUGCGCUCCUCACAAAAGCAGGGCACGGCCUGGUGAUGCAGGAAGGGGCGUUUGUGGCCACCGAUCGCUUGGGCCGGAGGCUGAUGGCCACAGCGGGAGACAAUGAGACGGAACAGAAGAACUGCACAGAACCAGCCAUCCAUGAGUUUCCAGAGGACGUGUUCACCCCCAAACAGCGUGCUCAAGGAGCCAUCGCACUACACAUAUUUGCAGCACUCUAUAUGUUCCUGGCUUUGGCCAUUGUCUGUGAUGACUACUUUGUGACGUCUCUGGAGAAGAUAUGUGAGAAACUGCAUCUGAGUGAGGACGUGGCAGGAGCCACCUUCAUGGCUGCCGGAAGUUCAGCCCCAGAACUUUUCGCUUCUAUUAUAGGGGUGUUCAUCACGCAUGGAGAUGUGGGGGUGGGCACCAUCGUGGGCUCGGCUGUGUUCAAUAUCCUCUGCAUCAUUGGCGUGUGUGGCAUCUUCGCUGGGCAGGUGGUGUUCCUCACCAAGUACUCAGUGUUCCGAGACUCCUUUUACUACACUCUCUCAGUGGUGGCUCUCAUUGUUUUCAUAUAUGAUGAAAAGAUAGUCUGGUGGGAAAGCCUGAUCCUGGUGGUCAUGUAUGCAGGCUACAUUAUCAUCAUGAAGUUCAACACCAGCAUUCAGAACUUCUUCUCGGGGAAGGAGGACAAGAGUGUAGCAAACGGCAACACGAUUAGCGAGAUGGAGGAUGGCCGCGGGUGUAUGUGCGUGUGCAUGUGUGGCUGCGGAUGUCCGUGUCAGAGGUGCGGUCGUUCUCACUCUCACCCUAUGUAUUCAGUGAAGCCGACUAAGAACUACAGCCGCAGCUCGGUGGUUAUGGUGGACGAGAUGAUGAACUCCAGCCCGCCCAACUACCGCUUCCCGGAGGCGGGCCUCCGCAUCAUGAUCACCAAUCACUUUGGGCCCAAGACCCGCCUGCGCAUGGCCAGCCGCCUGAUUAUCAACGAGCAACAGCGGCUGGUGCAGGAGCCCAACGGGAUGGAUGGCACAGCGGUGGGCGACGGCAAGAUGGACGCCCUGGAGAACGGCUCGGUGCCCGAAGACAAGCUGGCAGAGGAGGCCGAGGAGGGGGAGCUGUCAUCUCCUUUCAAUGUGCCAGGGGGCGCCAUGAACAAGGUCAAGUGGCUCAUCUCUUGGCCGAUCCUGCUGCUGCUGUACUUCACCAUCCCCAACUCUGCCAAGCCCCGCUGGGAGCGCUUCUUCAUGCUCUCCUUCUGCCUCUCCACAGUCUGGAUCGCAGUCUUUUCCUACUUCAUGGUCUGGAUGGUGUCCCUCAUUGGUUAUACUCUUGGAAUCCCUGAUGUCAUCAUGGGCAUCACGUUCCUAGCUGCUGGCACCAGCGUUCCCGACUGCAUAGCCAGCCUCAUUGUAGCUCGGCAAGGUUUGGGAGACAUGGCAGUCUCCAACACUAUUGGCAGUAAUGUCUUUGAUAUCCUAGUGGGGCUCGGGGUCCCAUGGGCAAUCCAGACGACGGCUGUCGACUACGGUUCUGCGGUUCAGAUCAACAGCAGAGGGCUGGUCUACUCCGUCGUGUUGUUACUCGGAUCAGUGGCACUGACUGUUCUGGGGAUCCAUGUGAACAGGUGGAAGCUGGACUUCAGGCUGGGCGUGUACGUGAUGGUGCUCUACGCCGUCUUCCUCUGCUUCUCCAUCUUGAUCGAGUACAACGUCUUCACCUUCGUCAACCUGCCCAUGUGCUUGGAAGAGCUGUAGGGCCUGGAGGCCUGCUUGGGGGUGGGGGGAGGAAGCGGCGGCGUCCUGGAUCUCAUCCAGGCACCUCCAACCUCCCCCCCCCCCAACCCCCCA